CCUUGAAAGACAUCAUUAAUCCGGUAUGGCCACAUUCAGGACUAAAUAACAGCUAAAUAAUGCUGGCAGCCGCUUACGUGGCUGGCUGAGGCGUUUAAUGGGCUUCUUGCGCUGUCGGAACUAUGAGAGUUUAGGUUGGGGCCUAACGAUGGAACAAAUUGGCAAACGCGACUGAAAAUUGUAAUUUUGUUUCAAACCAUUGUGUGGCUUGAGCUAAAAGAUAAAACAUCAAUACAUUUAAUGCAUCAAUACUGGCUUUUUUGUUACAGAUUGUGUGUUACUAAGUAAUCAUGUUGGUAAUUGUAUAUACGAGCAUAAGAGAAGCAUUUGAAGGCGGCACUUUUCCAAGGAACAGGGUAACGUUAAGCAAAAGGAUUGUUUUAGCGGUAACAUUAGCAAAACCCAGCCGUUAUUUUAUACUUUUUACGUUACUUUAGUAUCCUGCAUUAUGACCUUAUCUGUGAAAGAAGUGUUAUAUUGCACAACGUAACGAAUAGCUGGUUAGACUUUUUUUUUAUACUGUUAAAGCCUGGUGAAUUUCUUCAUAGUAAAAGUAACUGUGUGCUAAAAUGCCUACUGAGUUAAAACAGAGGAAGAAGUCACAGAAACACAGCGAUGAAGUGUCCGGAACGUCGGCUGCAAAUGGCAAAGACGAAGAGCUAAAAGUGAAGACAGAAGCUGGAAACAACGCAGGAGCGAAUAAAACCUCUUCGAGUUUGGAUAUAAGAAGUAUAAUGUGCUUAUUGUCGCUUGCAGCAUGCGGGGCUCUGAGUUGGGUGGUGCUACAGCAAAAUGAAAGGUUUUCCGAAAUUGAAGAAAAGUACAAGUCAUUACACGGAAAGACUUCAAGUCUCUUCGACAUGGAGGAAGAAGUCCUAAAGGUUUCUAAAAAGCUCGCCGCCUCUGAGGAUGACCUACAGGAGGCGCUCUCCACCGUCUCCCUGGCAACACGACUCCAGCAGGACAUCUCCACCCUCCACGCUGCCGUCAUGGUGAUGCAGGCCGACGAGAACUCCGCCUCCCGUGACCUGCAGACGGUCAACGCCCACUUCCUCAACGUGACGGAGACGUGGCAGGAGCGUCUGGCCGCCAUCACCUCUGACCUGGCUGUCCUCAAGGCCGAGUCACGGGAAGCUCACGGCGGAGCCACAGAGCGGGUUAACGAGGCCGAGCGGAGGGCCCAGUCACUGGCGGAGAAGUUGGAGGAGCUUGAGGACAGCACAAAAAGGAAUGCCCGAGCUCUGGAGCGCACGGAGGGAGACGACACCAAGCAAAUACAGGAUCACCUGGACUGGAACACCAAGCAGAUCCACAAACUGGAGGAGCAGAUCAGCAGCCUGACCAAGAGGGAGGCCGAGCUCAGCUCCCAGCUCCAGGAGCACAUUCCCCGGGCACAGGAGUGUGAAGAGCACCUGCCUCAGGUGGAGGAGGCGGUGCGUGCCAUCCUGAGGCUGGCGGGUGAUCUGAGUGGGGCAGAAAAACGCCUGGAAGAGGUGACGUUACAGGUGUUUGGGACUGAGGACAGCAUGCUGAAAGCACUUAAUGAAAUCAUUCAGAUCAGACAGGAGCUGGACACUCUGCAGGCUCAAAACAGCAUCCUGAAGAUGAAGAAUGAGUUGUCCGUGGUUAAAGAGGCUGUCCGUGAACUCACCAUGGUGCUAAGGGAAACUACAGCCGACAGCCAAAAGGAUUCUGACACUUUGGAGGAAGAAGGAUGGAAAUAUGAUGAUGAUGAUGAUGAAGAGGUGGAGGAGGAGGAGGAGGAGUGGGAAAAAGAUGAGACAACUCAACUUCUACAUGAUGACCUCACUGAAUGAUGUCAUUGUAUUGAGUCACCUAGGGAAAAGGAGUGGCCCUGUUUUACUCUUUGCUGUAAAAUGGCGAUCAAAGUUCAGUAUUAAUGUCUUUCAAAAUGUGUACCUGCGCAGACAAUUGGUGACUAUCAUUGCAUAAAAGUUCCCUGAUUUCAACACAAACUCUGGUAUACAUGCACUGUAUCACUAAAUUAAAAUCAAGAUUUUUUUUUUAAAUUUUAAUAUUAUUUUAAUGUGGAAGUGACACAUUUAGGUUUCUUUAGUGAUUGUAUACUACAUGCCCCAUUACUGGGAUAUAGUUGUACAGCAAUAUCUAAGUCUUUCCUGAUAUAACUCCAUUAGAUCCGAAACGAUUAGUCGAUUAGUCAAUUAUGCAAUUUCAUGACAUCGCCUUGUACGUUAAGAAAAUAUCAUGGGCAUUUUUCACAGUUACUGACAUUCUUGUAGACUAAAUGAAUAAUUGAUGAAUCAAGAAAAUAAUUGUGAGUUGCAGCCCUAAACUACAUCUCUGUCAGUAUCAGAUUUGGUACAUGAAUAGCUUUUGUAGAUGUGCAAUAAAUCUUAAUGUUUUUGAUAACUAUUAUAUUUCCAUCUGAUUUUGGUUUCACCUGUUGAAAGCAUGGCAAUCAUUUCAUCACUGAACUUAUUUAAUAAAAUCUUUUUAUUGAAAA